AUGGCACCCGGCGGCAAGAAACCCGUCAACGUCUUCAAGCUGCACAACCUGGGCGUGCCCAGCAAUGUGUUCAACUGGCGCCUCUGGUUCGCCGUCUUUUCCUUUGGCCUCCUCGGCGCCGCCCGCGGUGUCGACGAGGGCCUGAUCUCGGGCGCCUUCAACAGCAAGGACUUCCAGAGCACCAUCCACUACAGCCAGUACGAUGAUGUCACAAAGGCAAACAUCAAGGCCAACGUGUCGGCCAUGGUCCAGAUUGGUUCCGUCGCCGGCGCUCUCUUCUCCUUCUUGAUCUGCGACCGCAUCGGCCGUAUCUGGGCCGUCCGCCAGCUCUGCGUCCUCUGGAUCAUCGGCAUCGCCAUCUUCAUGGGCGCCAACGGCAACCUGGGCGCCAUCUACGCCGGCCGCUUCAUCGCCGGCCUCGGUGUCGGCCAGACCCCCGUCGUCGGCCCCGUCUACAUCGCCGAGAUCGCGCCCGCGCCUAUCCGUGGCCUCUGCACGUGCAUCUUCACCGGCUUCGUGUACCUGGGCAUCGUGCUCGCCUACUUCACCAACUACGGCUGCCAGGUGCACCUCGGCGACACCUCGCACGCGCGCUGGCUCGUGCCCACCAGCCUGCACAUCAUGUUCGCGGGCAUCAUCUUCCUCCUCACCUUCCUGCAGUACGAGUCGCCGCGCUACCUCAUCAAGAACGGCCAGCACGAGAAGGCCGUCGAGACCAUGGCCCGCCUGCGCCACCUGCCCGCCGACGACCCCUACGUCACGCACGAGAUCGCCGCCAUCCACAUGUCCCACCAGGAGGAGCUCGAGGCCACCAAGGGCGCCGGCGCCUGGGGCAUCCUCAAGGAGGCCUUCACCGUCCCGAGCAACCUGUACCGCAUCUACCUCACCAUCUUCGCCCAGGUCAUGUCGCAGUGGUCCGGCGCCGGCUCCAUCACCGUCUACGCCCCCGACCUGUUCUCCCUGCUCGGCAUCAAGGGCACCGAGACCUCGCUGCUGGUCACGGGCGUCUUCGGCAUCGUCAAGCUCAUCGCCGCCGUCAUCUGCGCCCUCUUCCUCGUCGACGUCAUCGGCCGCAAGCGCUCCCUGCUCGCCGGCAUCACCCUGCAGGCCAUCUCCAUGAUCUACAUCGCCGGCUUCCUGACCGCCGUGCCCCAGCUGGGCGUGCAGAAGGGCUACCAGCUCGACGCCUCCGAGAAGGGCCCCUCCCGGGGCGCAAUCUUCAUGAUCUACCUGUCGGGUGCCGGCUGGGCCCUGGGCUGGAACAGCAUGCAGUACCUGCUCACGGCCGAGCUGUUCCCGCUGCGCAUCCGCGCCCUGUCCACCUCGCUGGCCAUGUGCUUCCACUUCGCCAACCAGUACGGCAACACGCGCGCCGUGCCCAAUAUGCUGCUGCCGGCCUCGGACGGCGGCCUGUCGCCCAAGGGCACCUUCUGGUGCUUCGCGGCCGUGACCAUCCUCGGCGGCUUCUGGGUCUGGUUCUUCGUGCCCGAGACGGCCGGCCGCAGCCUCGAGAGCAUGGACCGGCUGUUCGCGCUGCCCUGGUACCGCAUCGGCCGCCACGGCAACGAGGACGCCGAGCUGCAGGACGAGGUGUACGAGAGCAAGGUGCGCCAGGCGGAGCAGACCGAGUUUGCCCACCUCGAGAAGAACAACGAGGCUGUUGCUCCUGCUGCUGCCCCGCGGACGAUAGAGGAGGUCGGGGAGACGAGGGCUUGA